GCAUUUCGCGAAAUAGUUCUAGAACCUCAAAUUAGUUUAGGCAAAUAUGUCCCGAUUUAGAUCCCUGUUAAACCGUAAGUUUCCAAUUAUUGGUAUGAUACAUGUGGAUCCGUUGCCAGUUUUUGUUAUCACAACUACCAGUCAUUGGCGCUGCGCGCAGUAAAAAUCGAGCAGUUGUAGCUUCGUACAACGGUGAAAGAGGUACACCUCUCUAUUCUAAUCGAUUUGAAGAUAUAAUAAAAAAAGCUAAGCAUGAAGCAGAAGUAUAUUUAAGGAGUGGAAUGGAUGCGUUACUUAUUGAAAAUAUGCACGAUUUACCGUACAUCCAAAAUGAAUAUUUUGAACCUGAAACUGUUGCAUGCAUGAGUCGACUUGCACUGGCCGUAAAGGAAAUCAUUAGAGAUGUUUUACCAUGUGGUAUUCAGAUUUUAGCAUGCGGUAAUAAGGAAGCGCUAGCUACAGCAAAAGCCUGUGACCUAGAUUUUAUACGUGCAGAAGGAUUUGUUUUCUCGCAUGUGGCUGACGAAGGCUUUACCAAUGCAAAUGCGGGGCAUAUUUUACGAUACAGAAAACGCAUAGAUGCUCAGCAUAUCAGUAUAAUCACAGAUAUAAAGAAAAAGCAUAGUGCCUUACUCUUUUAUCGUUUAGUUCCCACGCAAUUACAAGUGAUGUUUCUUUGUGUGAUACUGCUAAGUCAGCAGAAUUAUUUUUGUCUGAUGGGCUCAUUAUAA